GAUACUAUCGUUGGCGUGACGCCCACCUCUAGUUGUGUGCGCGGAGUGGAGUGAAAUAAAUCUAAGUAAUUUGCGUCGAGCGCUGCAAAAUAAUGGAUCGCACUUUCUACGAAGGCUGGCUAAUUAAGUCGCCGCCCACCAAACGCAUUUGGCGAGCACGCUGGAGGCGUCGCUAUUUCACGCUGAAGCAGGGCGAGAUACCGGAGCAGUUCUGCCUCGAAUACUACACCGACCACAACUGCCGCAAGCUGAAGGGCGUUAUCGAUUUGGAUCAGUGCGAGCAGGUGGACUGCGGCCUGCGGCUGGAGAAUCGCAAGCAGAAGUUUCAGUACAUGUUCGAUAUCAAGACGCCCAAGCGCACCUAUUACCUGGCUGCCGAAACGGAGGCGGAUAUGCGCGACUGGGUGAACUGCAUCUGCCAGGUGUGUCACCUACACGACACCAAGCAGUCGAAUGAGUUGCCAUUGGGAGCUGUGGGUGCAGACGAAAACCGCACCCAGCACACGAGCUCCAGUGGCGGUCUGAGCAACUCCACUCAGAAUACGACCACCACAUCGUUGCACUCCUCUGCCGGAACCACAGCGCCCCAAGCCUCGGUCCCAAGUGCUGGAGGAUCCAACUGCGCCCAACUGCGACGCCCGGCGGUCAUUGAACAGCAACCGAUGCCCUCGACUGUCGGCAACAAUAACUCAGACUCGGUGUAUGUCAACACGGAGUACAGCAAUCGAGAGACGAUGCUCUGCGAUGCCAACUUCGACCAACAGGAACUGCUCUCGGCUGCCCAGCAGCAACCGCCUCCAUCGCCGGCAACGGCACUUUAUCUAAACCACAGUGCUUUGAUCCAAGCUCAGGCGGCAGCUGCGGCCGCCGAGCAACUGCAGCAGCAGCAACAAGCUGCUCGCUUGGCGGUCAGCGCCAAUGGAGUGGUGCGAAAGUUGCCGGAGCACCUGGUGCUCACCCAGCAGACCCUGGCGGAGGCAGCUGCCCAGCAACACAGCAGCGUGCAGGCUUCACCCGCUUUGAGCACCGCCUCCGGACCAUACAUACCCAUCAGCGAGUGCUUCUCGGGCAGCCCGAGAUUCCUGCCCGGCAGUGGAACUCCCGGUGCAGAUGUGGCCAUACCAAACAACCCCACCACGCCGUUGAACAACUUGGACCCCAAGUUCUACGAUACGCCGCGUAGUCAUAAUAACAUUGGUCUAAAUCUGACCAACGAUCAGUCCUACUCACCGAAGAUUACCAAUUUGAGUCUGCAACAAUUGGCCAAUAACAAUGCUAGCAAACAGCGCUCCGACUCCGACUCGGAAAGCGUUUUCACCGAUGACGAUGAGUGGGCUCAUCCUUUGCCCCUGCGCGAGAAUGUGGAUCGCAGCACCCGACCUUCGGAUAGUUCCAUUGAGAACGAAUCAUUCGUACUGACCUACUCGCAGCGUUUCUCCAAGAUGCCCGAAGAAGGUGCAGCGAUCGUGCCACCAGCUGAAAAGAAUUCCAAGUUAGCGGGAGCAGCAUCUCUGGCAGAGGCUGGUGACCAAGGAACGCUGGAUAAGCUGGCCAAGGUGCUGAAGAACAAAAAUAAUCUCAUAUUGGACUUUAAGGAGAAUGAAAACAGAAUUCCUCGCGAUCUACCGCAGCUGUCGGAUACGGAAAAUACUUCACCGGCCAUUGUGGCCCGACGCAACGCCCACUCCGCUUUCAUCGAGGAAAGCUACGACAUUCCACGGUCUCAUCAGCAGCCUUACUACAACGUUAACCAGCUGCUGGGCGAGCGACCAGUCACCAGCCCUCACAAUUCCAACCCCAUUGCUGCAUCCACGCCAAAUCUCAUGGCGGCUGAUUUGGGUGCAGUGGCCGGCAUCUCAGCGGCAGCGAAUCCCGGCCUGAUUGGCGGGGCACAACCAGCCGCCUCAUCGCCCACCAGUGCGCGAACGUUGCCUCGACACUGCUACACCAAUGCAGCUCCCACGAAGAUGGAGGGCAAUGUGUUUCGAUACGACUUCAUGGAGCAGGCGGACUGCCCGCCAGUUAACCGGAAACUUAAGCCAAAGGUGUCGGGAGGAUUGCCAGUUGUAGAGGACAAACCGCCAGAGGAAUUUCCGGCAAAGCCCCCGGUGGGCGUCGAGCAUCUAACCAAUAAAUUGGGUGCAGCCCAACUGCAGCAGCCGAUUGGACCGCCCAGUGUGGACAGAAAGUGCAAACCGAAUGCCUACAAGUUGGGGAAUCCGGCGACCAUGUCGCCGGCAACACGGCGUUCCUCCGGCGCACCUCUUUCAAUGGUGCUGCUGCAUGAAACGGAUGUCCACUCCCCGGCAGCCAACGCCUUCUUCCAUGAGACUCGCACCCUGCCUCGCCAACAGCAUCGACAGCAUCCAAACAGUCCCGGCAGCAUGUCGGUACAACAUCAGCGCACCGCAUCUGCAGCGGCUGCCAUGAUGAGCUUGACGGGAGCGGCAGCUCCCAAGCAGCAAGCGGCUGCGCAGACUGAGCACAAGCUUCAGUACUUUGAUUUGGAUGUGACCAACAAACCGCCAUUGCUAAAUCGAUCCAGCAUGAGUGUGGGAAAUCUGUACUCACAAGGAGGAAGCGGAGCUAGUGGGAUGCGACUGGCUGGCGUCGAAGCUGGUGGAGCCCGUGCCCCGGUGCCCAGCAGCGUGGUCUACAGAUCCGUGGACUUUGUCAAGACGGAGGCAUUCAAAAGGAUCCGAGAGGAGCGCGAGAGCAGCGGCAACAAGUGAAACUGCUGGUUCAGCUGAAUGGUAUCAAAUCUCCACUACAUCUACUUGUCAACGUGCAAUAGCAAAGGACCAUGUUGCUGAUCCGAAAUUUUCGUAGUGCCUAUUGGUGGUCAGCAGAGAAGAGCUGACCACAUCCAAAAACAGUGCAAAUUCUGAGUGGCUUUUACAUUCGUUAACAUCGUCAAGUUCAUAACCCAUUAAACCACAUAUCUAGCUUGUAAGUCGGCACCAGCAUUUUUGUGUGCUGCUUUGAAUCAGUAACCUGUAAUCCGUAUCUGAAUCUGAAUCUAUGUCGUAUUCGUAUUUAAAUCGUGCUUCCAACACUUCCAUGUUUAUUGUUAAGCUUCGGAAUCAAAAUGUAACCAUGACAAACGAUCUUAGUGCUAAUUUUACAAUGCAAACAAUUAUUUUAUAUACGCAAGCGAAAUAUUUAUAUACACGAAUUUUAUAUGAUAACAA